AGAAGUUGGAAUCAAAAUUUCAACAACACGGGUUCGUCUCAUCCCAGAUUCCAUUAAUUUGAAAACGACAUCUACUGACGGAAGAAUUUUCGCGCAUUCCUCCCUAACUUACCUCUCUUUCUCUCCCCGUCUCUCUUGCUCUCUGUUCAAACUUCUCUUCCUGUAACUUCAGGUACGCUGCAGGGAGUUGGUUGGACGAAGUAGUGAAAGAGGCGGGGAGUGAAAUUUUAGCUGCUAUUAGCUGCAUUAUAUAUAUAUAUAUAUUGUGUGUUAGAGAUGGGGUGGGGAUACAUUUACAGGAGACGUGCGAAAGUAUUUACAUUGGCCAUGAUAAUUUACAUCGAUUAUAAGGCUUUACAGAAAAGAGAGAAAUUCAUGAUGAAACCGAAAAGUGAUGCGUUGUGGAAGAAGGCCCAUGAGCGGAAUGCUAAGCGUGUUUUUAAUUUGAUGGUAGAGUUGGAGGGUUUGUGGGUGAAACUUGGACAGUAUAUGUCCUCACGUGCUGAUGUGCUUCCUUCUGCUUUCAUUUCAAAUCUCAAGCAGUUGCAGGACUCUCUUUCCUCCUCGUCCGUUUGAAGAGGUUUGUCACACUAUAGAGAAAGAACUAGGGAAAUCCACGAAGGAGCUUUUCUUGGAUUUUGACGAAAAUCCUCUGGCGACAGCAUCGAUUGCACAAGUCCAUCGUGCGACAUUAAUUGAUGGGCAGAAGGUGGUUGUUAAAGUUCAACAUGAAGACAUCAAGAAAAUCAUAUUGGAGGAUUUAAAGGAUGCAAAAUCCAUUGUUGACUGGAUAGCAUGGGCAGAACCGCAGUAUAACUUCAGCCCUAUGAUCGAUGAAUGGUGCAAAGAAGCACCACAAGAACUCGACUUCAACCACGAAACAGAGAAUACCAGAACCGUGUCUAAAAAUCUUGGCUGCACAAGCAAAUAUGAUAGCAACAAGCCCAUCAAUCAAGUGGAUGUUUUGAUUCCAGAGGUUAUUCAGGAGGAAUCAUAGAAGGAGUACAAUAACAACAAGGGAGCACGAGCCAAGUUUCUAUAGCAGGUAGGUAUUCCACAUUUAUACCCUUCGUAAAUAAUAGUGUUUUUGGUAAUCUAUUUUAUUUUGGAUUUUGCACUUGUGGAUGAAGCCAAAGGAAGAAAAAAUAUGAUGACAUUAACAGGAAAUGAAAUCUGAUUUUGUUUAUGGAAUUAUAGAUUUCUAUAAUGAAUAAUGAACUUAAAAAUAAUUGGUUUUGGAUUUGAUUAGUCGGUCCUGAAUAUGGACGGCUAAUGAUGUUGGCAAGAUUUGCUAACAUCGACAUGACCAUGAUGGAAAGUUGAAGAAUAUUGAACUUCAUUAACUAUUCGGGUUAAAAAUAGUUAAUAAUAUCUGUCAUAACCAUUUAUGGGUUAUUCCCCAAAAUUACAUAUUUUUUUCUUUCCAAAAAAACAAAAAUAAAAUAAAAGUUGAUAAUGUGGAGAAAGCAGACCGAGGAGGAUUUCAAAAAAUACAUAAAAACAAGCUGCAAUUUUGAAGAAAAUUUUAGAUCAAAUUGUACCCCACUAUACCUAAGACUAAAGAAACGAUACAUAUUCAAGGUCAAAUUAAAUGAUUAUUAGACGAAUUAGCAUAAGAAAUUAAGUCCAAUGAUAUAAUAAAAUUUUUAAUAUGUCAAUUUGAUUUAAUAAUGGGAAAAAUUAAAAGUUUAAUCAUGUUUAAGAAUUAGUUUGAGUCCAAUUAAAGAAUUUAAUUAGGUGUGAGGACUUAAUUAUAUUUUAAACGGGUAAAAUUAAUUUUAUUAGGGGCUUAAUUGGUGAAAUAUUAAGUUUGAAAGCCCAAUUUGGGCUUAAUUGAGAAGAAAGGAAUUUUAAGAGAUCAAAUUUAAUUCUUACCAAGUUAAUUGAUUGAAAUCAGGGGCAAAAUCGCAAGAAAAUUAAUGUUUUGGGAUCAAUUAGGGGUCAAAUUGAAACAUUUUGCAUCCAAGGACCAAUCUAUAAAAGACGCCGAACUAUAGGGGCUUAAUUGAUUGAAAUCGAGGUGAAAUUGAAGAAAUUGGAAGUUUGAUUGUCAAUUAGGGGCAAAAUUACAAAAAUCCGAGACCAAUGAUCAAAUUGAAAAACGCGCUCAAAUUGGGAGCUCAUAUUGUAAUUCGGCAGGGGCUUAAUUGCACUAAAUCAAAGGUUUAGGGUUAAUUAGGGAUGCAAUUAAAAGCUGGAGGACUAAAUUAAACUUUGGCCAAAACCAUAAAUUAAACCCCAAAACGGUGUCGUUUUGAACAAAAAAAAAACAGACGACGCAUUGUCUGGUUACUAUUCAUUAUCUUCUUCUUUUUUUACCUGAAAAGUUGCUCAGGUUACCUACUUUACAGAUGCAUUUAACGCCUCUAACCUUCAUCAAAUUUGACAAAACUUGCACGCAAAUGAUCACUUGACAUCCCUCUUCAACCCAAUAUGGUAUGUUUAGGUCGAUUGCACCACAAAAGCCACAACAUCCCUAAAAUGGCUAACUCAGACAGCCUUGAACUGUCAGAUUUGACAGUGCAUGGUGUCUACUUUGAGCCAAUGGUUGGGAUCCACUUUCUCACCUGCAAAGUUGUUUCUUCUUCUUUCCCCCUCUACCGCCAGCACCCUCAAUGAAGCCACCGUCCUCGGCCAAACCCCUGAGCCAAGUGAGCUCCCCUUCCCCUUCUUCUUCUUAUUCUCGUCCUUUAUUCAUUACAUGAACAAUGGGCAUGAAUUAUAAUUCAUGGCCACUUUUCAUGUAGUGAACUUUGGGUCGGGUUAGUUUUGGCCCGACCCAAAUGGUUGGAUCGAGCCUGGCCCAGAACAAAAAAGUAAAGAUUUGAGAUCGGCCCAACCAUUUUUGGUCAAGAACAACCCACCCACACAAACACACACACACACACACACAUUAUAAUAUUAUUAUAUUUUAAAAAUUAAAAAUUAAAAAAUCCUCUAAAAAAUACUGCGAUUUUCUCACACGUAUUUCUACUAAUUUUGCAUAAUAUUGGGUUGUAUAUAUACACUGUAAGAUAUAGAACCGGUAUUAAAAUACCUGAUUUUCUUCAAAAAAAAUUCAAAAAAAAUUCAAAACUUUUAAAUUAAUUUUCCUUUAAAAAAACAAACAAAAAAAUAUUAAUGUUUGUAUGCAUACAGUUAAAUCCUAAAACUUUUCCAAGCAUAUCUUCAUAAAAAAAAAUUGCAUAUCUCUCUUCUUUUAAAAUGCAAAAUGGAUAUCGUAACUAUUUUAUCAUUAUCUAUUAGGAUUUGACCAAAAUAUCAAAAAUUCUUUUCCAAUCUUUUUUUUAGGGUUUAAAUAUAGGCUUUAAUAAUAUGUGGGUAUUAAACUACACAAUAGAGUACACCCUCAGGUAUUAAAGAUAUAAAGUAUAAAAUAAAUGCGAUGCUAAAAUUUUGAUUUUAGAACAAUUAGGAUUAGACCUGAUGAGGCAUUGAUUCUCUCACGAAGGGAGAUCUGCCUUAGACUUUAGAAAAGACCAACAAAUGGAAAUCCGACCUAGAAAAACAAUCAAACAACAAUGUAGUUUUCCUUAGGUAAGGUGCAUUGAGGUAAGGUGCAUUGAGAGUGAUGCAUCUUUUCUAUGCACAACCAGUCCCUUACUUAGACUCUUGCAUACCAUAGAUUCGUAGUAACCAUAAUAGUAGGUGGCAACUCCUGAAUCUUAACCAUAACUUUAUGAUUAAACUCAAAACCCUUUCCUUCCCAACAACAUACCUCAUCAGGAGGCACGAAAAGCUCGUUGUCGCCCCGAUGUCGCGCACUUAUGACAAUAUCGACAGAUGAUGUCAGUAUCGACAAACUCAUGAAAACUUGAUUAGCUUUUCUAAUAAGAAAGUUAAUGAUGUCAAGAAUCCUUGACAUCGGUAUUUCCGAGAAUAUUUCCAAGGUACUAUGGAAAACUGAUUAACUAUUUCGGGUAGGAAAUAGUUAAUGGCAUCAACCAGUUAAGUUGAUGUCGGCAUUACCAAAGAUUUGUAUGAAUUAGGAACGUAUUUUGUCCCUAAUGUAUUUUUUCUUUAAGUAACCAUAUAACUAGAAAUGUAAUAGUAUCCUUUUUGUAUUAAAUGUUGGUUGUAAGAUUAUACUAUUUUGUGUUUGAAAUCUUAACGUUGCAUAUUUUUGUUUACCUAUGAAUUUAUGCAUGUUUAAAUGUGAAAGAAAAUGAGUAGGUGAGAUUGUGAUACGAUUGAGAAAGGAGUAUGAGAUGUGUGCAGGAUGAUUGUCGAUAACUUGGGAUCUUCCAAUAUAGGAGAGGUUCUACCAAAAUUUAUCAGGAAUUUCAGAGAUUCCAAUAUAAGUUCGGCAAAAAAUAAUAUAUAUAUAUAUAUAUAUAGGGAACAUGGGAAUGGUUUUGGCUUUUUUUUCUUUUGCCACUCUAACUAAUUCCCCUUUGCUUGUGACACUCUUUUUACUAUUUACAUGUAAAUUAAAUUUUUUUUUCUUAAUUGCUUGAUCCUCAAGUAAUUUAAAUUUUUUUUGGUCCCUUAUUUUCUUUCUUUGUAUUUUUGAUCCUCUUAUCUAUUUAUUAUUAUUAUUAUUAUCAUUUUUUUAUUUUUUAUAAAAAUAUUUUUGGGAUCCAAAAUUAGAUUAUGACAUUUGGUUUGGGCCUGGUAUUUUUUUUAAUUAGUUCUAAGAUUUAUAUAUACACAACAUCCUCAUUUGUUAGAUAUUAUUAGAUCAUUGGGCCCCACUAUGAUAAGUCAAAUUAAUUCUCUUAACAUAAAAAAAUUUCUAGGCUUUGUUAAUGUUUUUUUAAUAGAAAAAAAACUGUAUAGGGAUUGACUUGAUGUGAUCUGGUCGCCUUGACAGGUCCAAAGACAACACAAAUGACUAUUAUGUAAUUUGAUUCAAAAUAAAUAUUUAAGGUGACUUUUUUUAUAUAAAUGUUGAGAUGAUAAUAUAUUGGAUUGAUUUGGGUCAACUCGAAUUAACCUGCCAAUCUUCACAUCAGGUUAUGAGACCAUGAUAACUUCAUAGAAAACAAAUCAAAACAAAUUAUGAAGUAAAAAUUUCAAUAAACUCAAUGCGGGAUGAUGAAAUUGAAAAAAAAUUAAAAAAAAGGAUCGAAAAACUAACUACAGUCAACUCGGGUUAACUUGUCAAACUCACAACAUGAUAGAAAGCAAGUUGAAAUAAAUUAUGAAUCUCAAUUCCCAACCAAACCAAUAUUGAAAUAUGAAAUUAAAAACAAAUCGAUUAAAAAAGGUCAGAAAACAACUCGAGUCAACCCGAGUUAAUCCGUCAAGCCUGUAAUCCGAGUCAUGAGACGAAGAUAACCUCAAAGAAAGCAAACCAAAAUAAAUUAUGAAGUCUAAUUUCUAAUUAACUCAAUGUUGAAAGACAAUUGAGAAAAAAAUCAAUUAGAAAUAUAUAAAAAAGAAAAACUCAAGUUAACCGAGUUACCUCGUCAAAUAAGUGGUCUAACUUAUAGAUGUUAAUUAUGCACUAGUGUCGAUCAAGACUGAAUCACUUAACUUCAUUCAUAAACCCCCAUUUCAUUUUUAGAUCACGUUUGUUAGCCACUCGGAACAACUUUUAUCUCCGCUAGCUAUUGUUGUAAGUACCGUAGCUUUAAAUGGCAAAGCCCGGGCUUUAAAAUUUCCUAUUUUGUAUGAAUAUGACUUUUGUUUUUAUGAUAAUAUGACAUGUAAUCCAAAAUACAUACGAUUCUUCUCGUUAAA